UGGAUCCGGAAGAUGGAGAGGAUCUUUCGUAUUAUGGGUAUUUCUGAGGUGCAUAAGAUGGCUUGCGCCGAACUGCAGAUCGAGGGUGCGGCAGGAGAUUGGUGGGAGGAUUACUGGCGUCUCCGCUCGGAGGAUGAGCGUGAAGCCACGGGAUGGUUGCAGCUUAAGACGCUCAUGGAGGAUAAGUUCUACCCUCGCCAUUUCCGUCAGAGGAUGGUACGGAUUUUCUGCCCUCAAGCAGGGCCAGCGAUCGGUGGAUGAAUACGAGCGUGAUUUCGCUCGUAUGAGUGUCUUCGCUCCACACCUUGUUGACUCAGAGGAAAAGAAGGCCCACCAGUUCCUCGAGGGAUUGAGGAAUGACAUCCGACUGUUGGUGGCUAGCCAUGGUUACCUUGAGUACGCCGAGACUGUUGAGCGAGCUCAGCAGGUUGAGGCGUAUAUCCAGCGGGAUGCCAUUGACCAGCCGCCAGCUAGGCAGCCAGCACUACCCCAGCCAGCUCAGCAGACGAAUAAGAGAAAGUGGGACGGUCGCAGGGACAAGAGGAACCGCAGACAGAGGGGCCCAGCUCAGGGAGGCCAGCCAGCCCGACAGGACCUGCCGGCAUGUGCUACCUGCGGACGUCCGCACCGCGGGGAGUGUCUUGCCGGGCAGGAUAUAUGCUUCCAUUGCCGCCGCCCAGGCCACCGUAUCAGAGAUUUCCCAGACCGCCCUCAGCCACAGCAGGACCAGAGACCACCAGCCCCGAGACAGCCAGCUCAGAGACAGCCAGCACCCAGACAGCCAGCCCAAAGACCUCCAGGACAGCAGCAACAGCGUGGAGCACCCGCUCAUAUUUACGCACUCGACCAGGAGCAGGCCGCAGAGCAGCCAGGUACCAUGUCUGGCAUGUUUUCCUUGCUCCAUACUCCAAUCUUCGCUUUAUUCGAUACCGGGGCGACACAUUCAUUCGUCUCGACCAAGUGCUUAUCUGCCUUAGGAGCCCAGGGAGUGAGUACUGUCGAACCUCUCGAGAUCAGUCUCGCCUCGGGAAGGAAGAUAGUUACGAGUUCCCUGGCCAAGAACCUUAGCAUUGAUAUCGGAGGCCAAACUCUAGUUGUAGACGCAUUUGUGAUCGAUAUGAAUGACUUCGACCUGAUUCUUGGCAUGGAUUGGUUGACGAGGUACCGUGCGGACAUUCGUUGUCGCGACCGGGAGGUGACGCUACACUUAUCUGAGGGAGACCACAUCACGUUUUUCGGGACGAAGUCUCGAACUUUGCCGCGCGUUAUUUCCAUGGCGAAAGCGACGAAGUUCAUGCAGCGAGAGGACUGUCAGGGAUUUCCUGUCAAUAUCGUUGGGGAAUCUUCGGAGAAGCUGUCUCCCGGAGAUAUACCCAUUGUUCGAGAGUUCGUGGACGUCUUUCCCGACCAGCUCCCGGGAGGACCACCUAAUCGCCAGGUGGAAUUCACCAUCGACUUGGUCCCCGGAGCGGGACCAGUGUCGAAAGCGCCGUAUCGUAUGGCGCAGAAGGAGCUUCAAGAGUUGAAGGCUCAGAUUCAGGAGCUUUUAAGUCUCGGUUUCAUCCGACCGAGCGUAUCACCUUGGGGAGCCCCUUUCCUCUUUGUCCAGAAGAAGGAUGGGUCUAUGAGGAUGUGCAUCGACUACCGGGAUUUAAACCGGUUGACGGUGAAGAAUAAGUAUCCGCUUCCCAGAAUUGAGGACUUAUUCGAUCAGCUGAGGGGAGCAAGUGUAUUUUCCAAGAUCGAUCUCCGCUCUGGCUACCAUCAGCUGAAGAUCAAAGAGGCCGAUGUGGCCAAGACCGCCUUCAGAACCCGAUACGGCCAUUAUGAGUUCGUUGUGAUGCCGUUUGGCUUGAGCAGUAUUCAUGGAUCUCAUGAACC